UCAGAGUGGAGCGCCGGUCUUUGGAAGCGCCGCCAGUCCCGCGGGCAGUUCGCCAAGAGGCGGAAUAGGUCAGCACUGGGGCGACACACAGAGAGAGAUACUCAGAGGUUGCUCCGAGCGCGGACGGUGGCUGUGUGGCGGGCCAAGCUCCAGCACCUUUCGGAGCCGCCUUUCGUUUUCAUUUUCCGGAAGGACAGCGAGCACUGCCUGGGCUGAAAGAAGAAGGCUGGUGGGGAAUUGGAUUGGCUUCUGGGCGCAUCCGGACGAUCACCGGCCCCGCGGUUCUUUCCCCUCCACUCCACUCUCCUUGUAAUGCAGGUUGAAGUGACAGCUGGCUCUUUUACUCCUGUGGCUACAUCAUCUUUGCCCUUACCAUUGCACUCCACUUUGAAGACGUCAGUAAAGUCGCUCUAUGAUGGACAAAUCUGCACAUUGCCAGGCCGACUAAGAAUCCAACCCUUUCUAUGGAGCAAAGAUGAUGUGAUUCAUUGGCUAAGAUGGGCUGAAAAAGAAUAUUCACUCAGGAAAUCUGAUGAUAGUAACUUUGAAAUGAAUGGAAAAGCCCUUUGUAUUCUCACCAAGGAAGAUUUCAAAUUUCGGGCUCCUAAUUCAGGAGAUGUAUUAUAUGAAUUACUCCAAUACAUAAAGACCCAGAGAAGAGCUCUUGUGUGUAGCCCUCUCUUUAAUAUUUCCUUUUGGGAUAUAGACCAUAACCUGACCCAGAGCACUGCAGAAGGUACCAAGUGCAACUUAGAAGAUUUCCCAGAUAAGGUCCCUGCAUUGCCUUUGGAAUAUCCAACAAUCUUCACUAGUCAUGCAAGUUACUCUGACUCAUCUCAGUCUUCUGCCAAGACACUCUGUACUCCUGGGACACCUCUUGUUUAUAGCAACCCAGAGAUCAGCCAUUGUGGAAACAUUUGCUCUUUUCCUGUAAAAUCUGCUGCUCCGGUCAGUGGGAAAAUAUCAGACUGUAGGUUACUUUUGGAUUACAUCUACCGGCUCCUCUCUGAUAGCCAGUAUGAAUCAUUUAUCAAGUGGGAAGACAAAGAAACCAAGAUCUUUCGGGUUGUAAAUCCCAAUGGCCUUGCUGGACUCUGGGGUAAUCAAAAGAACCGAAGAAAUAUGACAUAUGAGAAGAUGUCAAGAGCAUUGAGGCAUUAUUAUAAACUCAACAUCAUCAAAAAGGAAACUGGACAGAAAUUAUUAUUCAGAUUCCUAAAAGUUCCUGGAGAAAUAAAACAAUACACAGCCAGUAAAUUGGAGUAGCUGAACAAUGAAGAGCAGAAAGGAGAGGACUCAAUUUUUUUUAACCAGAAAUCUCACUGUAGACAUUUGCCAAUUUUGCCAUGUCAUAGUGGCAUCAAGAGCUUGUAUUAAUCAGCAGGAAAAUAUUUGAUGUCUAUAUGAAGACAAAAAACAAAAAAGGCCUUGAGGAAUUGUGCAUCCUGUAAAUGAAAUGCAAAGAACUAAUCCAUUGGACUUCUGCUGUCAAAUGUAAUAGAAGCAAUUGUGCAAAACAACGUUUAAAAACUGAAUCAGCAAAUCAAUUCUUGUUCCUGUCAGUCAUGUUGCUAUAGAAUUACUUAGGUGUUCUCAAAGAUGCUCUCCUACCCAUAUAAAAAUACUUCAUGGGAAAUUAAACAGUUUUUCAUCUGGAAAAAAACAACAAAAAGGCUAAUAUAUUUGCAAUGAUCAUUGUUACAGAAUGCUUUGAGAAUAACAGAGUUGGAAGGGACUUGGGAAGUCUUCCAGUUCCAACUCCCUGCUCUAGCAUGAAACCUAGAGCAUUUUGGACAAGUGCGUGUCUAAUCUCUUCUUAAAAACCUCCACUCAUGGAGCACCCACAAUUUCUGGAGCAAGCCAGUGAUUAAUUAGUCUAACUGACAGGGAAAUUCUCCUUAAUGCUAAGUUGGAUCUCUCUUAGUUAAGCUUUUAUCCAUUACUUCUUGCCUUGCCCUCAGGUGCUUUGCAAAAUAGGUUGGCCCCCUCUUCUCUGUGACAACUUCUCAAAUAUUGGAAGACCGCUAUCAUUCCACCCAUAGUUCUACUCUUCAUUAGACCAGAUAUUCCAAAUUAUCACAACCAUUCAUUGUAUGCUUUAAGUUUCAGUUCCCUAAUGAUCUUUGUUGCUCUUUGCACUCUUUCUAGCAUCUUUUUGUGCAGUGGCUACCAAAACUAGAGGCAGCAUUCCAAGUAUGGUCUUACAGCAGGGGUAGUCAACCUUUUUAUACCUACCGCCCACUUUU